CCUCUAGGGUUCAACCCCAUGGACAUCGACGACGAGCUCCCAACCGCCCCCGCGCCCGCGGGCGGCGGGGAGCCCUCCCAGGCGCUGCUGUCCGGCGACCAGUUCGACGUCGAGGUGUACGCCGCGCAGUACUCGGGCCGCACGCGCGUGGCGCGGCUCCUCUUCAUCGCGGGCAAGUGCGAGUCGGAGCAGACGCGGCUGGACGCGCUCCGCCUGGCCUACGAAGGGUCCCUCAAGGGCGAGGACACGGCCCUCCACCGCGACGUCGUCGCCAACAUCGCCGGCCGCCUCGGCCCCCGCUACGCCGUCGACCAGGCCUGGUCCGACGCCGUCGAGCGCCGCUCCUUCGUGCGCAAGGACAAACUCGACAGCGAGCUCAGCGGCUACAAGGCUAACAUGGUCAAGGAGAGCAUCCGGAUGGGCUACAACGACAUCGGCGAUUUCCACUACGCGCACGGCCACCUCUCCGAGGCGCUCAAGAGCUACAUCAGGACCCGCGACUACUGCACCACCUCCAAGCAUGUCGUCCAGAUGUGUCUGAAUGUGAUUCUGGUCAGCGUUGAGCUGGGCCAGUUUAUGCACGUCUCCAAUUACGUCAGCAAGGCCGAGCAGACCCCAGAUGAUUUGGAUCCCGUUAUCCUCGCCAAGUUGCGGGCUGCUGCUGGAUUAGCCUACCUGGAAACAAACAAGUACAAGCUUGCUGCCCGGAAGUUUAUAGAGACAGGAUUGGAGCUAAGGAACAACUAUUCUGAAGUCAUUUCUCCACAAGAUGUUGCUGUCUAUGGAGCACUAUGUGCGCUUGCUUCUUUUGAUCGCUCAGAACUGAAGAGCAAAGUUAUUGACAACUACAAUUUCCGCAAUUUUCUGGAGCUGGUGCCUGAAGUAAGGGAGCUGGUAAAUGAUUUUUAUGCAAGUCGCUAUGGCUCAUGUCUGGGGUAUCUUGAGAAGCUGAAGUCAAACCUGCUGCUGGAUAUACAUUUGCAUGAACAUUUAGAAGUUCUGUACAAGGACAUUCGCCACAAAGCUAUCAUACAGUACACAUUCCCAUUUAUAUCUGUUGAUCUCAACACAAUGGCUGUCGCCUUCAAGACCACUGUGUCCUUUUUAGAGAAAGAGUUGGCUGCGCUUAUCACUGAUAACAAAAUACAGGCUCGUAUAGACUCGCAUAACAAGAUUCUGUAUGCAAACCAUGCUGAUCAGAGAAAUGGAACUUUCCAGCGUGCAUUGCAGACUGGCAAUGAGUUUGAGAGAGAUGUCAAGUUCAUGCUUCUGAGGGCGAACCUUCUCAAACACGAGUACAACCAGAAGGCAGCAGAAAAGAGGGUGUGAGAGAAGUUCUACAGAGUGCUGUAGUUACCGCAGAUACGUGUGAAGAGCAAUUUUACUUGAUUUGGAUCUGAGGUGCACUGAGAGAUUUUUGUGAUGACUGAUGAUGUGUGCCAUGGUCAAAUGUUUAAGCGUUUCGUUUCAUGAUUCUCACAUUGAAUCGGAGAUGGUAGAUAUAUUGCAUUCUCGAAGCUGUAGCUGCUGGAUUACGCUGCUUACAUAAGUAUGUUUUUUGAGUAUGAAAAGAUGCUAUAUGUUCCAUCAUGCACGAUUUUAGCGAAGAUGAUCCUACAGCAGCUUGUUGUCCAUUUGUACAUCAGUCUACUGACUUCUUUUGGAGGCUUUUUUUUAACAGUUGCAGACUGUUUUUCUGA